GUAGUUUCCAGGGAAUGUGUGUCAGCCUAAGGCAGCUUGACCACCUCGGAGAUGGGCCCGCUGGAUGAAAGCAAACAGCAGGCUUCCUAUAUAAGGUCCAAAUUGCCCCCGUGCACCAGCCGUGCAGAGUCCAGGUAGGUGCAGAGCUCGGCUCCUUCUGCUUGUGUAUGUGUCCACUGCUGACGUGGGAGUGCUGGCCACUCGCGCUUUCCUCUGGGCCUCAGCAGGGACAUCUAAACAGGACGGCCCAGGCCAGGCUGGCUGCCCCAAUCCCCGUAUCCCCUGGGGACCUCGCCGGUUUGGCUCCAUGGUCCCUCGACUGCACUUCAGCACAGGCUCUCCCAGGCCUGGGAGAUGAGUCGGGGCAGACACCCCAGCAUCUACCACAGCACUACCCCAGCUCAGCCUUGCUUCCUGCCCGCUAAAUCCAGGUCCAGUCCCACGGCCAGCUUCCGCCCACGCCGGCUUGCAGCCCCGCAAAGGGAACUGCAAGCUGCCCGAGUCUCUCUCCUCAGGCCCCUCUGCCUGUCCCCUCUGGUGGAGGCCAUGACCUUGGCGGGGACCAUCUGCAGCCUGUUGCUCCUCAGCGUGCUUUGGAUGGAGCUGGCCAUGGCCGGCGCUAGCUUUCGGAGCCCUGAGCAUCACAGCGCACAGCAGAGAAAGGAGUCCAGGAAGCUGCCAGCCAAAAUACAGCCGCGAGAGCUGGAAGACUGGCCCCGCCCAGAAGGCAGAGGGAAGGCUGACGCGGCACGAGAGGAGCUAGAGACCCAGUUCAAUGUCCCACUGGAUAUCGGAGUCAAACUGUCCGGGGCUCAGUACCAGCAGCACAGCCAGGCCCUGGGAAAACUGCUUCAGGCUGUCCUUGGAGAAGAGGCUGAAGAGGCCCCCGCAGACAAGUGAUGCUGCAGGACAGCUGCCUUGUCCCCCCCCCCCACCCCCCAGUGCUUCCACAGCAACUCCUGAUACCCUUGUGCUAUUUAAGAGGCAAAUAAAUAUCCCAACUGCUUGCCAAACA